AUGGACGGUGCUCUUGCGCUGCGCCAACAAACUACCACCCCUUUAUCCGAUACGAGUCGUCAUAGAGUAGGAUCCUUCUCGUCAUCAAGCUCCCAACCAUUCCUAGAUAUUGAUAAUAUACGUCCUCCUUCGACCGUUCUCGAAUCCGUAGGGUAUCCGUCGAUAACAACAACUAAAGCUCCAGACCUAAAAGUCACGCUAUCCUCAAGCAAGGAGAGAAGAUCUUCUAACCGGCGCCUAAUCAAGCGUGCUUCUUCGCGUCCCACAUCUCCCUUAGUCUCUCCACCGCCAUGUGUCGAUUCUUUGCCUCUUCCGGUUCCCACCGAUGAUGCGAACAAGAUCCUUUUACUAAUGAAGGCGCUGUGUGGGCGUAUGAAGGGAGAGGUUGAGUAUCAAUGUGAGCUAAAUGGACCGUGGUACCCCGGAGUGUGCUAUAUAGACGAGGAACGAGGCAGUUUGCUGUAUGACUCGGGGCAGGGCGGCAACUCCUUUCACGUUCCAGUUGUCUCCGACCUCCGAGGGUGCAGGGUUAUACCCGCUGAUUAUCAAGAUAACAAAGGGAAAUGCCUAGAGAUACUAAACAAUAAGAUGGGUGUCGAGCUGAUCCUGCGCCCCCUCAUUCCAGAAGAAUUUGACUUAUGGCUUGCUAGCUUACUUUGUUGGCAACAAAUACGUCCCAAUACAGUAAAAUUCCCCAGCGGGAAAAACAUCAAUCCACCACUACCCAGUCGACCGGAAAUGAGAAGGCGAGGUUCCUCAACCGCCACUGGUUCGUCUUCGAAGGAUGCGGCCAUCAUCAAGGUUGGUAAGGUGAUGCUGUGGGACAAGGGAAAUGCUGCGUCGCCACGGGCUAUCGUGAAGCGCCCGUCUACUCGAGAUCUUCGUUCAGGUUUAACAUCUUGGAGGAGGGUUUCCUGCAUCCUCCAGGACAAUGGCGAGUUCAAAUUGAUGACCGAAAAUGACGUUGCGGUGCUCUCGGUCAUAGAACUAUCACAGCUAUCUCGAUGCGCCGUGCAGCAACUGGAUAGGUCUGUUUUAGACGAGGAGUUCUGCAUUGCUAUCUUCCCGAUAUAUUCGUCUACAUCCACGCAACUUUCAAUAUUUCGACCGGUAUAUCUUGCACUUGACUCUAGGGUUCUAUUCGAAGUCUGGUUUGUUCUGUUGCGAGCAUUCGCUGUCCCAGAUCUAUACGGACUUGACGCCGCUGCAGAACAGAUAAUCGAGAUACGAGAUUUUGAUAAGGGUUUUGCAGGGCAGAUCUUUCGCUUGGAGAAAACGAUUCAAAUCAGGGUCACGGAGGCGAAAAUCAAGAAGCCCAUUCCCCUUCCAGAAUCUCAUGACCGUCACACUAAAGAACGAGAUCCUUUGACAGGCAACUACCUCGCCGAGGUUAUUUUAGACGGUGAAGUUCGAUCGCGUACCACCACACAAACAGAUACAAAGAACCCUUUCUGGAGGGAGUUCACCCAGUUUACCGAGCUGCCCACCUCAUUGCCAUAUCUAUCAGUUAUUUUAAAACGAGUCGAAGGGAAUCUAGAAAGCUUGAGUCAUCAAUUACAAGCAUCACUGGGUCUACCUAAAACUGGCAAUCUUACAGAAAUCCUUUGUGGAGCGGUGGAUAUACCCUUGGACAAGUUGGAUCGGGGAAAGGAUCACGAGCAAUGGCUGCAAGUGUGCGACGAAAAACAAGAAUCCAUUGGGAGCAUGUUUGUCAAGGUAAACCACGAUGAGCUGGUUGUCCUCGGGUCGAAGGAUUACGAACCACUGAGCGCUCUCCUCCAUAAAUUCAGCGUUGGAUUGACAAGCCAAAUCGCCCUAGCGAUACCCUCUGCCAUGCGACGGCUUGCGGAGUUAUUCUUAAACAUAUUCCAGGUGUCAGGAAGUUCUAGUGAAUGGCUUAUGGCACUUGUGGAAGAAGAAAUCGAUGGCAUUGGGAGUCAAAACAGCAUGAAGAGACUACGCUUCAGCAGGCGACUAAAAUCCAACGAAUCUGCCAAUUCUGCAAAUGAGAGAGACCAACUUGUUCGCGACAUGAAGUCGUUGGCUGGCGAAGCAAACCUUCUGUUUCGCGGAAACUCGCUUCUCACUCAGGCUCUAGAGUUUCAUAUGCGUCGCUUAGGCAAAGAAUUCCUUGAGGAAAUCUUAGCCGACAAGAUUUUUGAGAUCAAUGAACUCAACCCAGAUUGUGAGGUCGAUCCAAGCCGGAUUCAACAUGGUGAUGAGUUACAACAACACUGGAGCCAGCUGGUGCAGUUGACGACUGAAGUAUGGGAGUGCAUUGUUGACUCAUCAACAAGAUUGCCACUUGAGCUCCGGCAGAUCCUCAAAUACGUCCGAGCCGUCGCGGAAGACCGAUACGGUGACUUCCUCCGCACUGUCAACUACACGAGUGUCUCGGGGUUCUUGUUCCUACGUUUCAUCUGUCCAGCAAUAUUGAACCCUAAGCUCUUCGGGCUUUUACGGGAUAAUCCGCGAAACCGGGCGCAGCGGACGCUCACUCUCAUAGCGAAAGGGCUUCAGGCCCUGGCAAACUUAUCUACUUUCGGCAAGAAAGAGAGUUGGAUGGAGCCCAUGAACAAGUUUCUAAGUAUUCACAGGCAGCCCUUCAAAGAUUAUAUCGACCAGAUGUGCUCGAUACCAAGCGAGCGUAGUCUCGUCACUGUCCCCGCUUCCUAUUCAACUCCUCUUACCAUCCUCGGCCGUCUAUCAGGUGCAUCCCGAGAAGGCUUCCCGUCUCUCCCGUAUUUGAUCGAUCAGCCUCGGAAUUUUGCAGGAUUAAUCAAACUUUGGCUUGAAUCAAGCCACAAGUCGGCAUUCACAGAUCCUUCGGAUUUUGAUGCCGAAUUAGCGGAUCGUUCCGACGAGUGUCUUGCCAGGGUUGAAUCAAUCCAAGAUCUAGCCGAGACUCUUGAUAGAGCGGCUCUUAUGGAUUCAGUUAAUCUAACGUAUGGAAACCAAGUGCCCUGGGCGGACAAUGACGCAUACCAACCACCAGGCUCGUCGGGGAGUGAGCUAGAUGGAGGAGAUCGAACGGCCUUUCACCACUUUCGGGAGGGGAGGGUUUUCCGUCAGGCACCGGACGAUAUAGACCUGCCAAAUCCGAUUAGGGCAAUACGUACAAAAGCUGGGUACGUGAAGAAUCCACGACAUUUCCUCCACGGCCUCAUUGGUGGUAAGAGAGAUAGGGAUAGGGAUGAAUCCGUCAGCUCGCCACCGACGAAAGGCAGUAGGAGCAUUCUUGGAAGCUUCUCAGAAAAUUGGCAGAACGAUGCGAACUCGAGACACUAG